AUUACUAGUCAACAGUGACUAUCCCUAGUCGCCAGUGACUAUUACUAGUCACCAGUGACUAUCCCUAGUCACCAGUGACUCUCCCUAGUCACCAGUAACUAUUCCUAGUCACCAGUGACUAUUCCUAGUCACCAGUGACUAUUACUAGUCACCCAGGUACCUACUUACUAUCAGGUGAACAGUGACAUCAACGUCAGCAGGUCCUGACAUCAACGUCAGCAGGUCCUGACAUCAACGUCAACAGGUCCUGACAACGUCAGCAGAUCCUGACGUCAGCGUCAACAGGUCCUGACAUCAACGCCAACAGGUCCUGACAUCAACAGGUUCUGACAUCAACGUCAGCAGGUCCUGACAUCAACGUCAACAGGUCCUGGCAUCAGCGUCAACAGGUCCUGACAUCAACGUCAGCAGGUCUUGACAUCAACGCCAACAGGUCCUGACAUCAACGCCAACAGGUCCUGACAUCAACGCCAACAGGUCCUGACAUCAACGUCAGCAGGUCCUGACAUCAACGUCAACAGGUCCUGACAUCAGCAUCAACAGGUCCUGACAUCAACGACAACAGGUCCUGACAUCAACAGGUCCUGACAUCAGCGUCAACAGGUCCUGACAUCAACGUCAACAGGUCCUGACAUCAACGUCAACAGGUCCUGACAUCAGCGUCAACAGGUCCUGACAUCAGCAUCAACAGGUCCUGACAUCAACGACAACAGGUCCUGACAUCAACAGGUCCUGACAUCAACGUCAGCAGGUCCUGACAUCAACGUCAGCAGGGAACAUGGGUUUCUGCUAUUUCCUGCUGACUCUGAUGCUGACACCUCAAGGACUAUCCAGUGGUUACCUGGACGACUGGAAGGACUAUGACUAUCCUAACUACAACUAUCUGGGUGAAGGGACCGAUCCCCCUAGUUUCGUGACACAUCCUCAGUCUUUCACUGUGGAAGUCGGGCAGAGUGUUGUCAUCCCCUGUGUUGUGGAUAAACCAGAGAGCAAGAAUAAGAUAAUUAUUAAGAAAGUGCCAGCUAAUGGUGCCAGUGAGAAGCUACUGUCGGUUGGCCGUGAGAAAGUGACUCCAGACGCCAGGGUGACAGUAGACGGCUCUGGAGUGACUAUCACCCACGUCCUGCCUCGAGAUGCUGGCACUUUUCUCUGCCAGAUCGACCUCGAACCGCCACUUCUCCUGCGACACAGCCUGGAGGUGCAGUACGCGGCCGCGGUUCGAGCCCUGGUCCCCCCUGAGCAAAGGGUUGUUAGGGGGGGUAGGGUAGUUCUGGAGUGUGCUGCAAGGGGGAAUCCUGUCCCUAGUAUCCGAUGGUCGCGUCAGGAUGGUACACUACCCUCUGGGCAAUACUAUCACCAGGGUCACAGACUGGUGUUGGAGGCCGUGGAGAGGCACAUGGACGGCACUUAUCUCUGCACUGCUGACAAUGGUGUAGGUGAACCAGCGUCAGCAGCUGUCACCAUCACUGUCGAAUAUCCUCCAGAAGUCACUACCGAACGUGCGAUUGUUCGGACGGGAGAAGGAGACAACGUGGAGCUUGUGUGUGUGGUACAUGGUCUUCCUCCUCCAGAGGUAUCUUGGAGCAGGGACGGCCAUCCCCUGCCAGAUACAAUGAUGGACACCCGGCUGCAUUUCCCAUACGACCACCAGCAACAACAGGAGCAACAGUAUCAGCAACAACAGAAGCAACAGCACUUGACGGGUGAAGAACCACAAUUCCAACAGACAGAACACUACCACAACUACUACCACCACUACCAGUACCACCAGCAGUAUAACCAGUACCCUCUGCCGCCCCCUGGGGCCGUCCACACCGCCCACGGCAGCCAAACUUACUCCCACAGACACACACUCACGAUCUCCCACGUUACAGAGAAGGAUUUCGGAGCGUACGUCUGUAUAGCAGAGAACGUUCAUGGCCAGAAGAACGCCGUCAUUCAGAUGACAGGUCUCCCUAAGCCACCUCAGGUGAACAGUUCACCUAACGAAGGUGACAGCAGUAGGUACUCACUCACCUGGGAAACCGAGAGCUACUACCCACUCACAGAGUACUUAAUUAGGUACCGCAAGACUCACCUGGGUACCUAUCACAGUGACCAGUCAGUGAUAUUUGGAGGGUCGUGGCAGAAUGUGUCACGACCAGUCGAUGAUGACGACGUGGGUCAUCAGGGGUCAAGGUUAUUGCUGACCCACACCUUGCAACACCUGCAGGUUGCUACUGACUAUGUUGCAGUUGUCAGGGUCAGGAACAAGUACGGAUGGUCGGCGGAGUCGGACACUAUCUACUUCUCCACUAAGAAAGAAAUGCGUGUGUUAGAGUCAACCAGUGAAGGAACACAGCUGUAUCUGACACCUGUCGUGUGUCUCCUGGCAGCAGCUGUCUGCCUAACUGUUGUAUGAUGAGAGGACAUCGUCCCUGCUAUCUUCUCAUUGCUAUCUCUGUGUUGAUGGCUAUGAUACACCAAGAUAUCAUUCCUGUUAUUUAAACACCACCAUGUCCACCUUUUGGAGAUAUUUUACACUAUUUUGUAUAAUGAAUUACAUCCCAGGACCCCUUCUCACCCUCCUAGCAGGGGCUCCCUCACACCCUCUUAACAAGGACCCUCUCUCACCCUCUUAGCAAGGGUCCUCUCUCCCCCUCCUAGCAAGGGCCCUCUCUCCCCCUUCUAGCAAGGGCCCUCUC